AUGCUGCCAGCCUUCAUCCUGCUGCUCAUUGUCCUUGGUGUCAUUCCCUCAGCUGCUGCAGGAUUCAGUUCAAUUGCUGAAAAUGAAGACGCCCUCCUCAGACGCUUAUUCCAAGGUUAUCAGAAAUGGGUUCGUCCUGUAUUAAAUUCUAAUGACACCAUAAAAGUAUAUUUUGGAUUGAAAAUAUCUCAGCUCGUGGAUGUGGAUGAAAAGAAUCAACUGAUGACAACAAAUGUGUGGCUCAAACAGGAGUGGACAGACCACAAGUUACGUUGGAACCCUGAUGAAUAUGGUGGAAUUCGUUCAAUUAAAGUUCCAUCAGAAUCUCUCUGGCUUCCUGACAUAGUUCUCUUUGAAAAUGCAGAUGGACGUUUCGAAGGCUCCCUCAUGACCAAAGUCAUAGUGAGAUCUAAUGGCACCGUCAUUUGGACCCCUCCAGCCAGUUACAAAAGUUCAUGCACCAUGGACGUCACGUUUUUUCCAUUCGACCGGCAGAACUGCUCCAUGAAGUUUGGAUCCUGGACUUACGAUGGUACCAUGGUUGAUCUCGUUUUGAUAAAUGAAAAUGUUGACAGAAAAGACUUCUUCGAUAAUGGAGAGUGGGAAAUACUCAAUGCCAAAGGGAUGAAGGGCAACAGGAGAGAUGGCACCUACUCCUAUCCGUUCAUCACUUACUCCUUUGUUCUGCGCCGCCUUCCCCUGUUCUACACCCUCUUCCUGAUAAUCCCCUGCCUGGGGCUGUCUUUUCUGACAGUGCUCGUGUUCUAUUUGCCUUCUGAUGAAGGAGAAAAGCUUUCGCUAUCAACCUCUGUUCUGGUUUCCCUGACAGUUUUUCUUCUAGUAAUUGAGGAAAUAAUCCCAUCUUCCUCAAAAGUCAUUCCUCUCAUUGGGGAGUACCUGCUGUUCAUAAUGAUUUUCGUUACCCUGUCGAUUAUUGUUACUGUUUUCGUGAUUAAUGUUCACCACAGAUCUUCUUCGACUUACCAUCCCAUGGCCCCCUGGGUUAAGAGACUCUUUCUACAAAAACUUCCUAAAUUGCUUUGUAUGAAGGACCACAUGGAUCGCUACUCUUUCCCAGACAAAGAUGAGAGCCAACCAGUGGUGAAAGGUAAAGUUCUAGAAAAAAGGAAACAAAGACAGAUUAGUGAUGGAGAAAAAGUUCUUGUUGCUUUCUUGGAAAAGGCUGCUAAUUCCAUUAGAUACAUUUCAAGGCAUGUGAAGAAAGAGCAUUUUAUCAACCAGGUAGUACAAGACUGGAAAUUCGUAGCCCAAGUUCUGGACCGAAUCUUUCUGUGGCUCUUUCUGAUAGUGUCAGUUACAGGCUCUGUUCUGAUUUUUACUCCUGCUUUGAAGAUGUGGCUACAUAGCUCCCACUAG